ACAUUAGUUACACUCUUCAUUCCAACAAACUAAUUUCCCUUGUUCCUCAAUCUCUCAUUCCCACUCUCACUCUCCUACUUCAAAGAGUUUCCAUAAAACACAACAUACACUUCAUCUCACCUGAAUCAAACACAAAACACUACUGCUCAUCCUUACCGUUAGCAUUCCAUCUCAUUCUCUUUUUAUCUCUUAACUUUGAUUUUCACUAUUAGUUCUCUUUUUCUUUUCCUUUAUUCCCCGUCUAUUCGGAAAUAGUCUUGUGUGCUGAUUACGACUUCUCGGUUUUGAUAUACUUCCAAUGCAAGUAUGAGUCCAAGUAAUUCUACAGAAAUGCUGUCUCGUGUCAAGUGCACUGAACACAGAACUCAAACGACCAUGUUUUCUUCUAGGGCUGAUAGGGGUGUUUCCAGGGUUGUGAGAAUAUCUGUCACGGAUCCCGAUGCUACUGACUCCUCCAGCGACGAAGAGGGGCCCACUUUUAACCGGAGGAAAAUGAAGAGAUAUGUAAAUGAGGUGACUAUCAAAAGCAGCCGGAGUAAUCCCCGGAAAAAGAUCGCCGGAAAAUCAAGAAAAGAGGCGCCGGCGAUUAAGCAAAACCCUAGCAAGAAGUUUCGAGGUGUACGGCAACGGCCGUGGGGGAAAUGGGCGGCCGAGAUUAGAGAUCCGAUGAAACGUGUACGGUUGUGGUUAGGCACGUUUGAUACGGCAGAAGAAGCUGCUAUGGUUUACGACCACGCGGCUAUCAAGCUACGUGGACCUCACGCGCUAACGAACUUCUCGAAACCGCCGUCAAAAGCCGUCCCGGAGAAAACCCCAUCUCCGACGUGCUCCGGUUAUGACUCCGGCGUGGAGUCGAAUAACACAACUCCAAAUAUUUGUUCACCGAAAUCUGUACUAGGGUUUGUCACGGUUUCCAAUGAAGAGUCAAACAAUGAUGAUACAAAGUCAACAAGUACAGUAACUGACACCGUUAAAGUAGCCGAAAGUUUUACUGAUUUCCUGGGAACAAAUGACGGUACAAACGCUCCUCUUUUCACGGAAAAUCUGUUUGAUUUCCACUGUUCGCCGUUAGAUUUGUUUGACCAAAUGGGCAAGACCAUGUUUGACGAUUGCUGCUCCGAUAUGUUUUUCGGGUCGGGUCAUGAUUUCGGGUUCGGGUCGUCUUCAUGGGUCGAUGACGACUGUUUCCAAGACUUUGGCGAUAUUUUCGGGUCGGAUCCUCUUGUGGCUCUUUAGUAGUGUGAAGAAUACUGUAUUGAGUAUUGAAUUAAUUAAUGUUGCAGCAGUUUUGGUAGGAAUAGAUUUAAGAUUGUAUUGAAGUUUUUAAUAUCAACUUAUGUUUAUAUAAUUAUAAUUUAAUAAUUUAUGUUACGAGUGUUAAAUUUCGAAUAA